GUACAGAUCUCUAUGUUUACCUGCUAGAUUUGGGCGCGUUAUUUGGUCGAUCAGGCUUUUCUUUUCCAUUCAUUCCCUCUUCUGGAAUUGUGGUAUUUUUUUUAGGUUUUGAAGGUGGGAAUAUGGCUCAGUUUUUGCUUCACGGGACCCUCCACGUGACGAUCUUCGAGAUCGAUCAGCUUCACGGUGAAGGGGGCGGUGGACGGAACAUCUUCAGCAAGAUUAUGGAACAUGUUGAGGAGGCUGUCCAUCUUGGUAAGGGAACACCUAAAAUCUAUGCUACUAUAGAUCUUGAAAAAGCAAGGGUUGGGAGAACAAGGUUGCUUGAAGAACCCAACAACCCUCAAUGGAAUGAAUCUUUUCAUAUUUACUGUGCCCACAUGGCUUCAAAUGUUGUAUUCACAGUCAAAGAUGACAAUCCAGUCGGUGCGACCUUAAUUGGAAGAGCUUAUGUUCCAGUUGAAGAGCUCUUGGAGGGGGAUGAAAUCGACAAGUGGGUUGAGAUCCUAGAUAAAGACAAGAAUCCUAUCAGUGAAGGUUCCAAGAUCCAUGUAAAGCUGCAGUUUUUUGAUGUCAAUAUGGACCGUAACUGGGGACAGGGACUUAGAAGUGGCAAACAUCCUGGUGUUCCGUACACCUUCUUUGCACAGAGAAAAGGAUGUCGGGUUUCAUUGUACCAAGAUGCACAUAUCCCUGACGGGUUUAUACCCAGAAUCCCUCUCUCAGGAGGCAAGUAUUAUGAGCCACAUAGAUGUUGGGAGGAUAUCUUUGAUGCUAUUAAUAACGCAAAGCACUUGAUAUACAUUACUGGCUGGUCUGUAUAUACUGAAAUUUCUCUUGUAAGAGACUCAAGGAGGCCUAAACCUGGUGGAGACAUUAUGCUUGGAGAGUUGCUUAAGAAGAAGGCAAGUGAGGGUGUCAGAGUUUGUAUGCUUGUUUGGGAUGACAGAACCUCUGUAGGGCUUCUGAAGAAAGAUGGGUUGAUGGCCACUCACGAUGAAGAAACUGAACGCUUCUUCAAAGAUUCCGAUGUUCAUUGUGUCCUAUGCCCUCGGAAUCCUGAUGAUGGAGGAAGCUUUGUGCAGGAUUUACAAAUCUCUACAAUGUUCACUCAUCACCAAAAGAUUGCAGUGGUGGACCAUGAAAUGCCCAGUGAACGGUCACAGCAGAAGAGGAUUGUGAGCUUUGUUGGUGGUAUUGAUCUCUGCGAUGGUCGAUAUGAUACACCAUUCCAUUCUCUUUUUAGAAUACUAGAUUCUGCACAUCAUGAUGACUUCCAUCAACCCAAUUUUGCUGAUGCUUCAAUUACAAAAGGUGGCCCACGUGAACCAUGGCAUGACAUUCACUCCCGGCUUGAAGGACCUAUUGCUUGGGAUGUUCUUUAUAAUUUUGAGCAGAGAUGGAGGAAGCAAGGUGGGAAGGAUGUACUAGUCAACCUUAGAGAGCUUGAUGAAAUUAUCAUUCCACCAUCACCUGUGACCUUCCCAGAUGACGAGGAAACAUGGAAUGUUCAGCUAUUCAGGUCUAUUGAUGGUGGUGCUGUUUUAGGAUUUCCUGAUAGCCCUGAGGAAGCAGCAAAGGCUGGUCUUGUCAGUGGGAAGGAUAACAUUAUCGACAGAAGCAUCCAAGAUGCAUAUAUUAAUGCUAUUCGCCGAGCAAAGAAAUUUGUUUAUAUUGAAAACCAGUAUUUUCUGGGAAGCUGUUUUGGUUGGGAUGCUGGUGAUAUCAAGAUUGAGGACGUGGGUGCACUGCACCUUGUUGCUAAAGAGCUUUCAUUGAAAAUUGCCAGUAAGAUUGAAGCUGGGGAAAGGUUUACGGUGUACAUAGUUGUCCCAAUGUGGCCUGAAGGGAUCCCAGAGAGUGCAUCGGUUCAAGCAAUACUGGACUGGCAGAGGAGGACAAUGACUAUGAUGUAUAAAGAUGUGAUUCAAGCUAUGAGAGCCAAGGGAAUUGAAGAGGACCCCAGGACAUACUUGACAUUCUUUUGUGUUGGCAAUCGGGAGGUGAAGAAAAGUGGAGAAUAUGAACCUUCUGAAACGCCCGACCCUGAUACUGACUACAUGAGAGCUCAGGAGGCUCGGCGUUUCAUGAUCUAUGUGCAUGCCAAAAUGAUGAUAGUUGAUGAUGAGUACAUAAUUGUUGGAUCUGCCAACAUCAACCAGAGGUCAAUGGACGGAGCAAGAGAUUCUGAGAUAGCCAUGGGCGCCUACCAACCUUAUCAUUUAGCAGCAAGGCAACCGGCAAGGGGUCAGAUUCAUGGUUUCAGAAUGGCAUUAUGGUAUGAGCACCUUGGCAUGCUUGAUGAAGCCUUCCUCCAUCCUGAAAGUGAGGAAUGCGUCAGGAAGGUGAAUGACAUAGCCGACAAAUACUGGGAUAUCUACUCGAGUGAGGGUCCCCCAGAACAAGACCUUCCUGGUCACUUGCUGCGCUACCCGGUUGGUGUAGGCAAUGAUGGUGAGGUGACUGAGCUUCCAGGAUUUGAGUUCUUCCCCGACACCAAAGCUCGUGUUCUUGGCAGCAAGUCUGACUAUCUUCCCCCAAUCCUCACUACUUAAAUUCUCUCUCGUAAUUGAAGAUCCCUUCAAAAAACCUACUCCCUAUAGUUUGAAUAAACUGCACUUUCUGAGUGUGCAUGAUCCGUUUGUUUGUUUGUUUUUGUGGUUUGGUGUAGAGCAGGAUUGAUUUGUGAGGUAGUGUUUUAAACGCCGAAGAAAAUCUUCACUACUCUAUACUAGUAACGAUGCUUUAGUAGGAAAAGGGCAUUCAUGUGUUGAUCUUACUGUUGAAAUCAUAUGUAAUUGUUUUCAUGAAUGAUUGCUAGUACCAAAACCGACCCUGAUUUCUGUCAAUAUGCCUGAUAAUCCGAUAUUUCAAUUCAGAGUAAAUUUCGCAAAAGGUU